AUGACAGGAAACAGAUGGCUUCAUGCAUUAACGGUUUGUGCAAAACCGCAACAUGUCAUUUUUGAGGCUUUGGCUCUCUAUUAUACGGAAAGACUUGUGGUUUUGGCUGCGGAUGGCAAUCUAACCCAUCCCAAUAGACCUUUAUUCUGUUCCUCUAUUAUCACGCACGUGGCCCACCGUGACCCUAAAAGGACAAAAAAGUCCCCACGCAUUGUGCAUUGGUGGACUGCGGCAGAAUUUGGAAACAGACAACUUAUUCAGCGGUCACGAUCCAGUCCAUGCACGCCGCGUGUGGACCCCAGGGCGUGA